AUGAGCCUGAACAUCCCAGGAUUGCUGGUGAUGGUGCUCUUCUACCUGCUGGUGCUGGCCACUGGCAUUUGGGCUUCCAUGAAGUCCAAGCGGGCACCGAAGAGCAGCCAAACAGACCUGACAGAGACCACUCUGCUGGGCAACAGGGGGAUCAGCCUGGUGGUGGGAGUCUUCACCAUGACAGCUACAUUUGUUGGAGGGGGCUUCGUCGUUGGUAUGUCAGAGGCCGUGUACAAUCCAACUAUGGGACUGAUCUGGGCUGUUAUGCCAGUUACAUCAGCCAUGUCUUUUGUUGUCGGUGGACUUUUCUUCGCCAAGAGAAUGAGAGACAGAAAAUAUGUGACAAUGAUGGACCCUUUCCAGAUCAAGUAUGGAAAUGUAAUAAGUGGAGUUCUAUCUGUGGCACUGCUGAUAUCUGACAUCAUCUGGGUCACAGGAACUCUAAUUGGUUUAGGUGCAACAAUGAGUGUGAUCCUGGAUAUUUCCUACACUCUCUGCAUUUGGAUCUCUGCCACAGUAGCCAUUAUCUACACACUGCUGGGAGGCCUCUACUCUGUGGCCUACACAGACGUCAUACAGUUAACCCUCAUUUUUGUUAGUUUGUGGCUAUCUGUCCCCUUCGUCCUGAUGAACCCCCAUUCAGCUGACAUCACCAAGACCGCUUACAACUUUACCUACCAGGCUCCCUGGAUUGGUUCAGUGAAGAAAGAAAGAGCGUGGGUGUGGAUUGAUAAUUUCUUAUUAUUGGCUCUUAGUAACCUGGGAUAUCAGGACUUCCACCAGAGGACCCUGUCAGCUUGCUCUGGAGCCACAGCCAGGAUCACCUGCUUUAUUGCAGCUCCUCUCAUCUUCAUACUCGGAAUCCCAUCUGUGUUGAUCGGAGCAGUCGCAGCAUCAACAGACUGGAACGUGACUACAUUUGGCUCCCCGUCCCCAUACGAGCGUGGAGAUGCCAGUCAGAUUCUGCCCAUUGCUCUGCAGAACCUCACCCCAAACUACGUCUCCAUCAUCGGUAUCGGAGCUAUAGCUGCUGCCGUCAUGUCAUCAACAGACUCGGCUCUGUUGUCAGCCGCCUCCAUCUUCACAUCCAAUAUCUACAAGAAGAUCCUGAGGACCAAGGCAUCAGAUCGGGAGCUUCAGUGGGUGAUACGUGUGACAGUGGUGUUGGCGGGCUUGGCUGGCACAUCGCUCACCUUCCUACACAACAGUAUCAUGUUUUUCUGGAUCCUGGGCUCAGACAUAACCUACAGCAUUAUGUUCCCUCAGCUCGUCUGUGUCCUCUUCUUUAACAUCUGUAAUGGCUACGGCUCCAUCAUGGGAUUACUAGUCGGACUGUUGUUGAGACUGCUGAGUGGUGAGCCAAUGCUAGGCUUGCCUAUUGUUCUUCACCUCCCAGGUUGCACUCUUGAGGAGGGAGUAUAUGUCCAGCGUGCUCCUGUUAGGACCAUCUGUGUGUUGUCCACCAUCUUUGCCACUUUGAUAUUCUCCUACGUGGUUUUGCUGCUCUUCAAUAAAGAACUGAUCCCUGAGAGUUGGGACGUAUUUAAAGUAAAAACCCACAAACCACCACAGGAACAAAUAUUAAUGAGUAAUGGCACCACCAAAAAAGACGAGGAGGAGAACCUUGAAGUUCUGAAUGGGACUGAGUUAAUUUUGAUUUGGAAUCAAGAAUCGCUUAAAAGGUAUUAAAGAUGUUUGAUUGUUUGUUAAUAUGUUUUGAAUUCUCUGUAAUAGGCUAGAGUCACCAUCCCCUGUGAUGACUCGCCUGCCCACUCCCACAACUUUCCAUCAAAGGGAAAACUGUGGUGAAGGCCAACCAACAGAGCACAGACUGGUAGAGUGUUAUAGACCAACUAGCAGUAAAUGGUGCAGUGCAUCCGCGAGCACUAGGUCUCAAAUUUUCACACAAACCUGUUAUUGAUUACAUCAAAUGCCACAUAUGGCCUGGUUAAAAAUUUUACAUUAACCACGCGGCUGGUCGGUUUCGUUUUGCAGUCCAUCACAAGAAGUAUGCUGAGAUGACCAUUGUUGGCUAAAGCGGUUAGCUCUCAAUGGCCACACACAAGGCUAGUCUGUCUCAAUUGCAAUUGGAACAGACAGGAUAAACCUGGGACAUGUGAUCACAGUGAGAGUACGUCUUUCCCUCCCACUGCGUACAAGCCUUUUCCAUCUAUUCCAAAACCAAUCACCAUAAAGAGGUUAUGACGAUUUUGUAGACAAAGGAUCCUAAUUGUUAACAAAGGUUAAAAGAGAGAUGAAUAUCUCUCCCAUGAUUCAUGGUGAAAAACAGUGCACUUGACCGACUUGAAACUGACGACACUGAGAUGACAGAGCCUCACUGACUGAAAAGGCUCUCUACAGUCCGCCGUACUCGGGGACUACAAAGACCUGACCUUUGACCUGCGUUCUCACUUAGGUGGCUGACAAGAAGACAGGUACCUGACCUGUUCUGACACAUCUGGGGGGGAAACCAGAUGCCUGGUGCUUUGUUGUCCUGCUUAUUGUUUUUGUUGCUUAUUUUACACUGAACUACAUGUUUGUGUGUCUGCACCCAUUUGCUGCCCUUUAAUGAUAAAAUGCACACUAACAGAUUCCCACAGGAGAAGCCAGAACGGAUGCUGCCAGCUCAUUCCAUGUUGUUGAAUGUUAUUGUUUAACCCUUUCAAAACAUGGACAUGGUUGCUGGACUAACAGAUUUGAAUAAUAUUUGUGAAUAACAGUUUUAAUGCUUUAACUGUUUUUUUGUAAAGUUUUUCCUUUAACUAUUUGAUAUUGCCUACGGUGAAUGGAUGAUUAACAAGGGUUAACACUAACAUCUUAAAGUAUGAGGUUGAAUCUGCUUUGAGACUAGACUUAGCAGCUGAUGGUAAACUGUGUUUUUGGACGUGGUGUUAUGCAAGUAAGAAGACUCACUCAGAGAGGGUGAGACUGGUUUAGAACAUGCUACUGUCUAGCCAGAGCUAUCUCAGAGAGAUUGUGGAAGCAAAACAACUACGGACCAACUCAAAAUCUCCUGCUGUAGUAAUCUGUGUCUUUCCUACAGGUCCAGAUGUGAUCUUAUGGUGAAUUGCACUAAUACUAUGUGAAUAAAUGAAAUGCUGUCUUGUAAUUGUUGGCAUGUUAAGUAAAAAGGUUAAAGUUUUCCAUAAACAGGAGGCCAGAGCGGUGGCCAAAGCCCUAACAAGCCUAACUGAAAUUCAUUUUCCUUCCUGAGUGAAAGCAUCAGCAACUUAACAGAGUGCUGGUGCAGUAAAAUGGUAACAGUAUGACAAAAUGUUUGGUGAAGCAAUACAUGUGUUUUUCCCAUAUGCGCAAGCGACAUUGCCUUCACAGCUGCCCUUUGUAGCCACGGCUACUCUCCCUCACUUAGAGCCAGGGAGUUGUGUACUCAUCAAGGGCCACAGGUUCUCCUUUAAUUGGUUUUCGGGGUCCUUUCCAAGUGCUUUUAACCACCGAAACCGCAGUGAAAGUCAUGGGAUGGGAUACCUGAGACUACGCUUGCCACUCUAAGUCUAUCCCGGAGCCCUGCGACGAUGUUGAGCCUCCAUCCACAUCCAAACUCAACCGGCUCGAGCUCAGCAGACCAGACGUGCUAAGGACUGUUAGGAGUGUGGUUUUUGUGUUCAUGUCUUUCCUGUUUGAGUCUGUUUUGGGUUCUGUGUUUCUCUGUGUAGUCUUGUUCAGUUGGUUCCUAGUCCUGUACAUUAGUUAAUGUCUUUUGUGUUUACUCCUGGUCUUGUGUUCCUGGUUUUGUCUUGUGUAUUCCCUUGUUCAUUUGCUGGUUCUGUUUAGCCCAUACUUGUGCAUUCUUGGUUAUUCACCCAUGUCUGCUUGUCUAAGUGUUCUCUCUGUUACCCCCUGUUGUGCCUGCCUGCAUCUCUGUUUUCCUGCUGUCUCUCUGCCUCCCUCGUUAGCCUCAUGUCUGUCACCUGUGUUGCUCCCGCCCUGCUCGUUAGUCUGUGCGUAUAUAUAUACCUGGUGUUUCUGUUGUGUCUUUGUCUGGUCAUUGUUCAUGUUACCCCCCAGUCUGUUGUGUGUAUACUCUCUGCCUUCCUGUACCCAGCCUUGCCGUCCACCUGCAUCCAACUCGACCACACUGAUACCUCAUAGUCUUAACAGAUCAAAGCGAGCAGUAACACCACUGAGCUUCCCCGGGGGGGAACGCCUGGUACCGAGUACUGAAUAGUUCUGUGCAUGCCACUGUAAAUUCUAGUUGCUAUGCAUGCAUGACCGGGAAGCUACGCUUUAGGCAGUUGCCACUGCCUUACACAGCCUGAGCGGAAUGCUCACAUGUAGUUUCCAAAUUUAAACCUUUCCCACUCUCCGACGCCCGCCAGACCCCGGCUGGGGCUGGGAAUGCAUGCUCACAUGCGACUACAGUCGACAUGGCCCUGUUAGAAACUUACGCUAAAUAUCCACUCCUUGCCCACGCAAGCACCGCCACACCAACUCCUCAAAACACCACUGUAGCAACAGAUGUCAAAUUUAGAUGUUUUCACCGAGGUGAGACUCAUUCCAAGGUCACGGCUGGUCAGUCGUGGGGCAUUUCCCUGGUGUGUGCUCACACACCUGGGACUGCAAAGUAGACAACACCACAGACUGCCACACUGCAUACAAGCCUAGCGCUGAUAUGCUAUUAUACCAAAUCUGUGCCAUCCCUGACCUGUACUGGUCCUGUGGGAGUGGACGGCUGUACCAAACUCAACGCCGGGAGGAUGGAGAUGUACAUGCGUGAGUAGUAUUGGCAUUGGAUGUCCUUAUUAUGCCAUACGAAGCCUCACAGGCAGAAAUGCUCCAGCCCAGACUUUUCCUCCAUUGAUCCUAAUGUGUUGGAGGCCAUCGGGGAGCCCUGAGGGGUCCCAAAUGAGUUUAAAGAAAAAUCAAAUCGCGACUGUGUUUGAAUCAAGUCUCUGAUGUGGGUGUACAAUUAACAAAAGAUGGAGAAUGGUGGAUACUUUAAUUACAAUCAACUGUCAAAGCUUGGGACUGUUGAAUAUUGAGAUAUUAACAUGUGAUUGUCUUGUCUGAAAGACUAAUUGAAUUCAUUUUAAGGAAUUAAUCCACAAAUAAAGACCAAACUCUUUAUCAAUUUCUUUCCGGUGAUAGGACCAUUAGAUUGGUGAGUAAUGCACACACUUGGAAAAGCUUUUAUCUGAUGGAACCAGGCAACAGUUUUUCAAAACAAAGGUCUCAGACAUAAAAGUAGUCCUGCAAAGAAACAUUCACACCUGCAGCUUUCGUAGAUGUCCCUGUUUUAUCCCACAAAUUAAUCUAGGAGACAUUAUAGAUACCACGCUAUGUUAGUUAUGAAUAUGUGAUACAUGUUGUUGUACAUAUUGUUAUAGAUAUGUAUUGUGUUUUUAUCCUUAACCUUUCCUCUCCUAUACUCCUUAUGUUGGUCUGUCCACAUUUACUAUGGUUUAGGUCAGAGCUGUGAGAUGG